UCCCAUGCCCACAUAGGUAUCAUAGGCCACUUGACAAAAACUGCCGAUGAUGCAAGUAGUCAAUACUGAAGCAGCAUGCCGUGGCAAUUUUGUGUACACGAGUGCCUGAACACCUGAGCUAGAAACAAGAAAACAGGGUUCACUUGCAGCCCCUCAGUGGUUUAAUUAUGUUUCUGUUCAUGGUCCUUGCUUGGUCUUAUUUGAGCACGCUGAUGUGAAAAGGUUCCUAUCAGGAUGCCCCCGACAGUUGCAAAUCGUAACAGAGACAGACGCAAAAGUCUUUCGGCUACUCCCCCUCCCCCUCCUCUGCGCCGGCCCGCCACGGCUCCAGCAUCUCGUAACAAAACUACCUUUGGCAAGCUUGCUGGUCUACGUCGAUCCGCCAGACCAGCGGCGGCUCUCGCCAACGCGAGUAUCAUGACCCAUACGACAGACGACGUGGUUGACGAUCAGGACUGUACUAUUCUCCCGUCGAUAGAGGACAGUCCAUGUAGGGACAGAAACGCCGAAGUGCCCGACUCCGAGGCUGACGACGAUUCCGAGUCCAACGCAUCGGAUGAAUCGCUGGUUGUCCUUCCACCUACCGAGACCGAUAAGCCCGCUGGUGUAAAGUCAGUCGCUGCUGUUUCCACAAGUAGUACGAAAAGAAAGAACCCGAAGUCCAUCUCUUACGCCAAGAGGCCUCCGCCCAGUUCAAAAAAGAAGAAAAAGGCGACGAUGAAAACGAAUGCUGCUGCAAGCAAGACACAGACUAGUUCCGCAGUAAAUGCAGCCACAAAGCCUCGUGCCACCACUGCCAACCCACCAGGCUCAGGACAGACCGGAGAGCAACAUGGGGCAAAUAAAACUGGCGAAGAGUUGUCCAAGCGUGCCCUGGCCUAUAAAGAGUGCAAGGCACGCGCGUUGCACGCCCGCAACGCCGCAAAGAACGACGUCGAACUUUGCAAGCUCAUGGUGCAGGACUUGGACAACGCCGCGGGGGCCAAGGUGGGAUACGACGAGAAGCUCAGGCUCUGGAACAAUACAGCGGUCGAAGGAUGUGAGACGAAGGAGUUUCGACGCAACUUGAACGAGUUCCUCGCCAAGAAUACCGAUUUUCUCGACAAAUAUGGCAGAUACAACCUAUUACGGGACAAGGAACAGAUGCUAUGGGACCAGGAAAUGAAGCAACGACUUGUUCCGGCAAAGGCAUUGGGAUGCUUGUCUAUGACCUUUGAAAACAUGAAGCAAGCCUUGGAUCGGAACAUCGCUCUCUUGGAUGAGGUGCAGCUCGAGUACCGAGCUCCUGAUCUCGAAACCUUGGCUGAGAUACCUACCCGGCAAACGAUGGCCAGAAUGAAAUUGGCGGAGGCUGAGGAACGCCUGGUUGCUGCGCAAGAAUGGCUUGACGGUAUGGCAUGGAAAGUUGACAAAUUCUAUCCGAAGUGGUUCCGGGAGUGGAAAGAGUCUGCGCCGGAAGUUAUAACAUAGACAAUAUGCAGAGUUUAUUUCUCACAGCCCUAUUUUACGAG